AUGGAGGACUACAGCGGUGUUCAUCGGUUCCGCCAUGGCUUAAACCGUGUCUCUUCUUCGACUUCCAAACAUUCAAAAGGAAACAAUGAACUUUCUCCAGUCCUUCAUGCACAAACCCAUCCCAGUGUGUUGGGCCAGUUGAUCGGGCAGCCGUCAGUUGCAGCCCUUCCUAGAGCGGCGGCUACAACAAGAGAAGCAGCACCGGGUUACAAAGAUCAAUCUAGAGUGAUAUGUUCGCUCAGCUGGACUGCUCCGAAAGCACGCGCUGCCAACCGAUCCUCGCCUGCUCUUAGUGGAGGCAGCAAAAUCUACCAGGAAGAUCAAGCGGCACCAGCUGUCCGCGAAGUUCCCAAGUAUGAGAGGUCCCGCCCUGUAGCACGGCCCUUGUCUGUCGGGCCAUCCGUCCGACGAUCGCAAGCAAUCUCCAGCCGCCGCACUCAUGCAUCGAGUGUGAACCUUCCUGAGCAGAGGCGCCUUGCACAUCGCCAGCAGCAGAUGCUGGAAUUCAGACCGCACACCGACAAUGAUGGCAAAGUCCCAAGACGCGUAUUUAAUGCUGGAGAUGGUUUGUCCAUGCAGGAUGGACCCCACAGCUAUGAUAGCCAUUUAGAAUCACCCCGCUGGACUGACAAGCAUGCUUCGGCAGACCCCGAUAUCCCGCAUCUCCAAAAGCGUCGCACAUGGAUGCUGCUGCAACACCUUGUGGACCAGCUGGAGAAGGAAGGGCGACCCGAUGCCCUCCUCCAGCGUCCAGAACUUCUUCAGAAAUUGUUGCAUGUUGUCAUGCCGCUGGUACCUCUCAGCGCUGCCCUCGGCAAAUUGGCUACAACCAGCAGGACAAGCACCUCUCGUCUCCAGGGCUCCGCCUUUGUGGCCCAUCAAUCAGCUACACGUGAGGCCCAACUGCCUUCUCCAAUGCCUGCGUCUACAGCUUUCUUGAGGACAGUGCACGCCAAUGCUCCACUACGCAAUACAGACCAUCAUUUGCGCCCGACGUCGCUUCACUACUCACGGGCCAGUCCGUCAAAGACUCCUCCCGCUACCGCUCUUCGGGGAGCGGCGCAUGUACCCAGGGAAUGGAGCAACGAUGGCCCUGCGGCUCCAAAAACGAGUCUGCAAUUCUCUGAGGGCCCUGCCGAUGCACCUCGCAAUGCGCCUAACCGUUUGCCAAAGGAUCGUGAUUUUAGGCGUGCCUCGUCUACAAAAGUCCGUGUCGUUCCCAAACGUGACGUGGGAAAUUCUAUUGGAUCGGGAGGACUUGAGAAGCCGUUGCACUCGCAUGAUAAACCUCUGCCUGCUCGUUCAGUUAGCACGGGGAAGUCAUAUAUGCAUGUAGCUUCACGGCUACCUCAAGGCGCACUCCAAUACAGGCGACCCCUGAAAACGCGGCCGCCCGCGGCUUUGAUGGAAAAGAACAGUGCGGGAAGAAGGCCAUUCCAGCUCACCGCUGUGGACUGGGCUACCUCCAGGCAGCCCAGCAACGAGUCAGGGACUGAGCCUGUUGCAUCGGCGAGGUCUGGGGACUCAGAAGAGAGCCUCAAAUCCGCUCCCACUCCGUCACUGGAUAGCACUGCAGAGGACUGUCCGGACUGGGGGCUUGGCAGGCAGUUGGAAUCAGGCAGAUGUGGGCUUGUAGACUGGAAUUCAAACAGGCCGCAGUCUUCUGUGCGCUUUUCUGUCACUCGAGAAGUUGAAGCCUUGCCACCCUCUCCGCGGGCCAGCAAUUCGGAUGAGGAGAUGUCCGGUAGGAGUGCUCUGGCGAGUCAAGGGAGCCUCGUGGCACAUGAAGAGUCGCAGGCGGUAGAUCGCAGUGGCCAACUGCCAGGCUUAACGAAAACUUCAGCUCCUUCUUCAGGUGGCAGGAGACGACAGCCUGGCGAGCCUAGACCUACAUCUACCAGGAGGCAUACAGUUUUCGCCGCUGUUGCUUCUCCACAACAUAGUGCGGAGGGGGGCAAGCUUAUUCGAAGCGUGGAAGGAAGUCUAGAAGGUCCUUCGGGUUCUUCCGAAAAACGCGAAAGGCGUUUUACGGCUGCGCCAGUAUCGAAGUUCAAAAGCACGGCGGCGGCGAUCAAGGGCGGGCGUUUUGUAUUAACUGGGGAAGAACUAAAUGGAGGAGCUAAAAGCCAAGGGAUGGCUAGGAUUCCUCUCCUGAAAGAUAUCCCUAAAGCCCGAGAGGGUCGAAGAGCCGCAGUACAGGCUGUGACUCCUAGGAACGGCGAUUCACUCAGCCCGAAGCUGCCCGCCGGAGCCAAAAGAAGAGUGUCGCCUGUAAUCGCAAAAAAGAUAGGGAGGAAAGGUAGCAGAACGCUCCAAAAGUCGUCGUCUAUUUCUCCUCGAGAGCUCUCCCCGCCAUCUGCAAGGGGACGGAGAAUGUCUGUGCCUCCUCCGAGGAGGGCAACACAAGCCAAAAUUGCACCAACGUUUCCUCCACGGGCGCGGAACGUGGCUGACCGCAGUUCUCCCCCCAGAGUUUCUUCUGCUCCUUUCAAGACCAGUGCUAGAAGAAAGGCAGUCAAGUUAAUACACGCGAAAGAGAAAGACAAAACUCUUGUUGCGCACAAGGAUGAAGAAUCUCCCACGCCAGAAGCACAGGGCAUGGCUCGACUUGACGAAGAAGACGAAAGAGGACAAGGAAGUAAAAGUGAAGAAGAGCAAGCGGCAACUGAGCCCGAACCAGAGCCGCCAUACCCAUAUCUCACACUUAAGGAGUUGCCGCCUUUGGAGCAGCCUCUUAGGCCUCUCUCGCGCCUAUGUACUUUACCUCUUAAGGAAGGCCCGAAGUCCCCCCCGCCUAUUGACGAUUCUGCAACUCUCAUACAUGUCCUGGAGCGCUCUGGACGGAUUACACAAGAGGCCAGAGAUGAAGCCACCCAGCGUACAGUAUCCUACCUAAGCAACGAUGGACCCGGUAAGAUGUUGCUAGUUGCACGCUGGCUAGACUCAGCAGCAGAUACCGUCGAGAGAAACACCAUCACAGCUAGCAAGAAAUUCCCGUGGCAGGAGGUCGUCCCGCCUCUAUUCGUCGGGGUCAACAAACACCGCGAACUCCUGAGUUCAAAGACGCGCAGUCACUUCUCCCCAGAUGAUCUACAAGCGUUUUUAGAGACAGAAGGGUUCAUUGAAACACAGGGGCAAAAGCUUCAGCAUUUGCUUGAGGCCAAGGGCAUUCCAACCAACACUUCGGAAAUGCCAGGCUCGCCGCCCCCCAAACCUCGUACACCGCUUGACGACUAUCUUGACUACUUGCUAGCGGUUGCUGUGGACUCGCUCCGGAAGAGACAAAGACCCGUUGUAAUCCCAAAGAUAACGCAACAUUCCUUUAAAGUUCGUGACAAACCUGCUAGUAACUGUUCCUGCAGUACAUGUUCUACCGACCAGACCCUCGAGGGUUGCCAAGACGAGGAUAUGUGCAGCAGCUGGUGCAAGCCGUCUCGUCGGGCUAGUCCCCUUCCCAUCACUUCAGAGAAGCCCUUGCCUCAACAGCGGUGCUCAAGCUGCCAACCAGUCAGGGAAUCUUCACGAACUUGGUUUGGCAAGGGCAGUUCACUAGGACGAGGUUUCAGGUUACCCGGUUGCUGCUUUGGCGACACGGCCGGGCCCCCUGAACUUGACCUAUUCGAGUCCACAGCGAUGCAGCAAGUGCGGGCCACUGCAUGCCGAAUGCCUCUGCUACCGUCUGAAAGAUAUCUUCGCUAUCUGCGGCUGACAGAACGUUGCAGAGAACUUGCUGCACUUGCGAUAUGGUUAUCUGGGAGACCUGAUCUAGUCUCAAGUUACCAUGUGCACGUGGGUUCCAAACUCCAGCAUGCCUCUGCCUCUGUAAAGAUCAACAACUCCAAAGAGCAAAAAGAAACAGCGGGUUCUCCAACUCCCACCCCAGCUCCUGUGAAGGAGGAUAGAAGUUCAGCUGCUUCUCAAGGCUGCAAUCAAUCCCAAGGCAAGUCUUCCUAUGCCGAUAGAACCUUUCGAAACCCCAUUCAUGAGGGCAAAGCUGCAAGUGAAGAGAACCAAAACAUAGGUGGGGAAGAUUGCUCGGGGUCAAGCAGGAACACGCCUCCAUAUCCAAGCUCCCCUUGUGCCUCACUAUUGUCGCCCUCCUCUGCGAACAGGAGUUUCCCUGGGAACAGCCUCAAAGACGAAAAUACGAACGAACGUGUAGAAGUGCUCACCGAGGAGAUAGAUGAACUCUCCCACACGAAGGAAAGUCACAGAAAAGAAAGCUCCGGAGCAAGCCACACACAGGCCGCCACGACGAGCUUACCUGACCUGCCUCCUUCCCCGAAAAUCCAAGCGAAAUUGCUAGCUCGAGCACCAGAGCCUCAGUCUUGCAAACUGAGUGGUGGCUUAGCGGUAGAUCCCCCACAGCCACAAAGUUGUUCAGCUACGCCGACGACUGCAACAAAAGCAAAAGCGAAGAAGCAUGUUGCGGAAAGAAAUUCAGUACCCCGCGUGGCGUUGAUAGGGCAGAAGACCGCUGUAGGUUCAAAGCCGUUGCGGCCCCUCGGACAAGCACAGUGGCGCGUGCCAGCAGCACCGGGAGAGCCGCCUUCCGUUGGAGACUCGCAGAAGGCAGCAAAGAUACUGGAUGCAAAACAUGGUAACCUACCUGCUGCAGGUACAGCGAAAUGCGAGCCGCCUGAGUCAGUUGGCACCGCAGAUGCAAUGCACGUUUCAAGAGAAAAGGAAUCGCUCGCAGCUGCCACCUGUUCAGAAGAUCUCGUUGAAAGCUCUUCUCAGACUGAUGCAGAUAUAGCCGCGUCACCAACAAAUGGGGGUAUUGAUGCCACGUCAUCAAAGCGGCCUCGUGAGCCUCCCCUGAAGAAGCAUACCCUUCUGCAAUCGAAGGAGCUGGCCUCGCGCCGUUCAUCGUCAACGCGUUUAUGCCUGGCGAAGCAUACAACUCGGCGGCCAGCAGUAACACCCCAGCCACAGCGAACUGGAGGCGUUCGUAGGGCGUCUCAGAAUAUUCAGUCUCCUGCAAGUCCUACAAGCUUAACGCGAGAGGCCGUGGAACUCUUGUCGGAGCCGCAGGUGCUGGCUGAGAUGGCAAGGCUGUGCACUCGCCUCUCAGAACUCGUCUGCUGUAGUUCAACAUCCUCUCCUGUUGAAUGCCACUCUGGAGAUGACGAUGAAAGCUACGCCACUUAA